UGACAGCGACACCACGUCAAGCAACAUCGACUGGACGCAUUUCAGUGCCGUCAAUCUAUGCGUCCUGGUACAAGGCGACGACAUUAGCAACGGAAGGCUCACGCUCAGCAUCGUGGAUAAGACCACGCACAAAGAGACAAUCGAUAUCGCACGCUAUGUCGAAAUGGCCAAUGAUGUGCGUUCCAGUGCCCGCCAGAGAGGCGCUACUAUUCAGACAGAGCAUUUGCCAAUCUUCGGCAUCACGAAGGAGGCUUUGCUAGCCCUGAGGUAUCGCCUGCAGGACGGCAGAGUGCGUGAUAACAGGUCUUUUGCUCAACAGAGACGAUGCUGAAUGAUCGCAGGCCCGGCGUAUUCAACUCCGUUUGCAAACUGAAGCACACUGUCGUGAAGUUGUGCAUAUCCUCCAGCGUCGAGGUCUGGACUUUCAAGAGCAACGACCAAGAACGGGACGUCCUGAUACCGCCCCGGUAAGGCUUGACACACCAACGACGGAAGCUCGUUCACGCAUAACACAAGAAAGCUCCAUGAAUGCCAUUCAUAGUCGCGUAGCGCAGAGUCCCUUUCAGCCACCAAGCAUGAGCUUCGGAAGCCUGGGUCAACAGUCUCCGUCUCACACUCAACAGAACGACACAACAAAAUUCUCCAGCGGUCCGCUAGCGUCGCCACCAGAGCGUUUCGGAAGCGUACAAGCUCCUCGGACCUACAGUCCAAUACAGCUUUCUCACAACCAGCCGGUUGCCAGCAGUCCGUUUCCAGGACUGCAGUCUACGAGUUUAUCGCUCGGCCAGACUGCCACGGCCGGUACUGAUAAGCAAUUCUCAUCCGUGAGCUCUCUUCCAGCGCCCCAGAAGGCACCAGGUCAUGUCAUGGCUUCAGCAUUUGAAGGCAACGACAGGAUUUCAAUGCCAGCACACUUGCGCAGCGAGACGCAACGUGCCGCAGUAAACAGUGCAUAUGGAGUCAGUCCUUCCUCUUCGGAUAUUCCAGGACGACCAGAGACCGCUUCAUCGUCGCUCUCGCAGCCGCCUGCUAGUCGGCCUAUCACAGGGGAUCGUUCGCAGGCCAGACCUGUCGAUAACGGAACAAAUACGACAAGCCGCUCGCGCCCAAGCUCUGCACUGGAAUUGCCACCCCUGCCGAUGCCCAAAUCAUUGAAGGCAAGACCAACGUCUGCGCUGCAACAUGGCAUUACUGCGCCUGCAGAAUCAGAGCCACAAGUAGUACCAGCACGGUCUACCUUAGAUGGGCAAGAGCUGCUGAGCCAGCCGCGCUCGACAAGCGAGGGCAUGACUUUCACGUCACUCGACGACGCUGGACAUGGAUCAAGGAACAUGGUCCCCAAGGAACGAGUCGUUGAAGGCAGCCGAACGGUUGCGGCGCGCAAUGUAAGCAAAAGCAUGCCACGCAUCAGCAGCCUGAUGGACGCCCCCCAUGAGAUCGAAGAAGCUCCCGAUACCAAUGCAAGUGCGUCUGUGCCGCAGAAUCACGAUCACAGUGGCAAGGUGGCCGUGUCGGACCAAGACGUGUCUCUUCAGAGGUAUGCUGCGCAACAUCCGCAAGUCAGGGAUACGGCCCUGAACAAAUUCAUGAUGGAUCAUUUGCAAGACCCCGCGUUCACGGUACUGUGUGCGGAUAUCGAGAAUUGCUGGCGCAGGAUUGCUCUCGGUCUCUGAGUAGGUAGGUAGGUUCCCCAAUUCCGGCAGACAGUCAUGGAACGACGACGAGAGGGGCGGGGCGGGGGCGGGGGAGAUGAUUUGCUCAAUCUGUUGGGUGUACAGAGAAACAACUAUGGUUCAUAGUUUUUUUUUGCGUGGCAGCCAUAUUCCGUUCAAUCCUCGCUCUCAGCAGAUAUGCUGGGACUGAUGGGCAGUUUCACCAUGGUCACUUCGUUUUCAAUGGCUCUCAUCGCUUCCACUUCUCGAUGCGUGACACCGAUGCUUCCUCCCGGGUGAUGGCGGAGAAAGACUUCACUCGUUUUGCCUUGAUGCAUGGCGUCUGCCACGGUGAGAGCCAGCAUAUCACUAAUCGCCAAGGCCACGGUCGUCGACGUGGUCGGCGCCUUGACCCCAAACGAGUCUUCCUCACUCUCAUGGAUAGGGGCCGGAAGCAAAAUCCCAUCAUCCCGAUCCCGCAACAACAAGCAAUCAUCCGGAUGUCUCUGCGCACUCAUGGCAACAAUCUGCGUCUCGCGCGGCACAUGCGGCAAAACAUUCAACAACUCAUUCGUUUUACCACUAAACGACACAAACAACAACACAUCCCUCUUCCGCACAUCUCCCAAAUCCCCAUGUACAGCCUCGCACGCGUGCAAGAAACUCGCACUGAUGCCCAAACUCUUCGCCGUCGCGACCAGUUUGCGCGCGAUGAAGGCGGAUUUUCCUACGCCGCACACGACUAGUUUCCCGCCGCGUUCUUGCGAGGUGAGGACGGCGUCUUGGGCGGCUGAGAGGCCGGAUUGGGCGAUUUGGUCGGUUGCGUAGAGGGAUGUGACGUGUGCGAGUGCGUCGGCUUCGACUUUGAGGACGUGGAUUGCGCGUUCGAGGACGCUGGGUAAGCGGUCUGAGGAGGAGGUGGGUGGUGGGGAUGAUGAUGACGAUGAUGAUGAUGAUGGGCCGCCGUCGGCGCUGCUACUUUUGCUUUCGAGGACGGGAGAAGGGGGUGUCAAUGGCGUGGAGACGCGUUGUCUCUUGCUGGGCCGCGGGCAGUCCAUUGAGUGUGGUAGUGGGGAAAUUCAGGUACAGCUGGAUUGAUCGGGAGCGGGGCGGAAGUUGUUGAUAAGAUGUUCGUUGACAACAACAACUUCCUCUUUGCUUUUGAAAAGCGGCGGUUUGUUUGCGACAGCUGUAUGUGUAUGAUAGGUAGGUAUGUAUGUAUGUAUGCGGACAAAGAUGCCGGGAACGAAAUAUGUCGAGACAAAGGAG